AUGUUGUAUCAGACAAAUCUACCUAUCUUCAAAUUGAAAGAAUCUACAGUCAGAAGAAGAUACAGUGACUUUGAAUGGCUAAGGAAUGAACUAGAAAGAGAAAGCAAGGUUGUGGUACCACCUCUACCAGGAAAAGCUCUUCUCCGUCAGCUCCCUUUCCGAGGAGAUGAUGGCAUAUUUGAUGAUUCCUUUAUAGAGGAAAGGAAGCAGGCUCUUGAACAAUUCAUAAACAAGGUUGCAGGCCACCCACUGGCACAGAACGAGCGCUGUCUUCACAUGUUCUUACAAGAUGAAGUAAUAGACAAAAACUACACACCAUCCAAAAUAAGACAUACUUGAGUUCUGAAACCAUCUUCUCAAACAUUAGUGGUUCUUAUGCUUGGUUCUAAGAGGUUGUAGUUUGUCUUAGCAUGCUGAGGAUAAACAGGCACGAAGUCUCCACUAACAUCAGUACACUGCUUGGUCUUUGCAUAUGCUUUAUAGCAUUAAAGAACUCACUUGUCUUCUAGCUAAAUCCCUCUGAAUCCUUGAUUUAAGAGUAUUAUACUAUGAGACUAUCCACCCCUUGCAAUGUCUCACAAACCUUUCCACUCUUAUUUGCAAUGACUUAAUAAUGUUUACUGACUUGGCCUUACUUGAACUUGCACAAUUGUAGUGUCACGUGUUCACUUGUAUUUGACUAAACUGCUAUGCUGUUUCUGAGGUAGUCAUCUGUCUGAACUUCUGUAGAAAGACUGCUUUAUUUCUGAUACCCUGUGCGAGAAACACUUAUGCAAUUGUCUUCAAGCUUGUAAAACACUUUAUACUGAAGUAAUGAGGGAAUUAUCUUUAUAUUCUGUAAGAGGAAAAAAUCAAAUUUAUAUACUAAAGUUUUGAAAUAAAAGUGAAAAUGCACUUCAAAUGUUUUGUCACUCUUGACCUUGAGUGUGGGGUAUCUCAUGCUUUCUGAGAAGCAGGGACUUGACUAUACUAAGUGAACUGGUGUUUCAGCCUUGCUGUGAUGCUCUUCUGCAGUGUAGUCUUGUGUUACUAACAGCCAGCACUGAAUACCCUUAGGUGUUGGCACUUGCUGCUCAAGUGUUAAAGAACAUAUAAAGGUAUUGAAGGCUAUUCCUGUGUUGUGGAGCCAAAGCUAGAACCCCAUUCAUGGUAGGCAGGUAGUCAACAGAUCUGUGGCUUCAAUAUGUUUGGGAAAAGAGUACCUUUCUACUUGGCAUGAGAAGCAUCAAUCUAGCUUCAACUAGCAAGUGAAAAUUAUACCAUCCUACAGAGGAAGGAAUGUUGGCAUAACCUGUAAUAUAUUAUAACUUCAGUCCUAGGUUAAAGUAGCUCUGCUCUACAACUACAAUUAGGGACAUGAAAUCAUACAAGCCCACUAUAAGAUGUGAUCACAGACCACUUCCCUGAACGUUAAAGGAAGGGGAAGCUGUAGCAUUGUGCUUGUAUGACCACUGGUGAAAUGCAGGUGGUUGAUGCCUGAACUGCAGUUCACAAGCAGCAGUGCUGAAGUCGUCUUUCUCACUAGAUGCUUCUAUGGCUGGAGAAGCUUCCUUAGUGCUUCCAAGUGUGACAUGGGAGUUACCUAUCCAGAUGCUCUUGAAAACAGAUUCAAGAACACUCUAGUAAGCAAUCUGAUCCAGUGUUUUGUGCUAUUUGGUAACAGUACAUGUUGACUUAGACUUGGCUUUGCUGCUUUUUUCUUCUUAAAAUACUCCGUAUCACCGUCAAGAACGUCCUACAAACUUACUGGCAAAGUUGUUUAGUUUCCUUUAACUAAGACCAUUCACCUCAUUUUUGGAAAUCUGGUUGUAAAAGAUUGAACUGACAAAACAGUGGUGGCUGACUGGAUUAUAUGUAGUACUAGUGACUAGCUACGCUGAAUAGUUAGAUGCUCAAAUAAUUGCUCUUUCCCCCUCAUACUUAAAGACUGUGCUGAAUUUUCCAACAGUCCUAUUCAUGAAACCAGGGACCAAAACUGACAGAGCCCACUUGCAGCCCAUAGCUGUCUAGCUUUUCAACACAGGCUAGCUUUUCAAGAAGUUUUUGAUAAUGUAAAAUCAAAUCUAAAAUUCCCUGUGCUUGUUGAAUCACACGUAAAAGUUGAGUUACUCUUGGAAAUGGGGAAAGAAGGGCUAAAUGUAUAUGAAGUUCUAUUAUUUAGGUUUAGAUACGUAGUAAGGUGUUCUUUUUCUUUUCUCAAAUGUUCUUUUCUGAGAGAAGCUUCUUUCAGAAAUCAGAGUAAAUGCCCUAUCUUAUCCCUAAAAGACGAUCACACAAUCUGUAUCAUCUGCUGUGGAAAAAAAAAAGAAGCUGAAGAGGGAAAAGCUGCAUGCUUGAUGUCAAAGUAUUCCUAUUUCCAAACUGAGGACUUUAGAGUGUUAACCUCUGAGAUUGACAGGACAUCUGCACUGGACUCUGGGAUUUCACCUGGCCUUCAGUCCUUCAAGGCUAACUAGAGACCCUAAUUCUAGUGUAGUGUAACUGGUUCUGCUUCUGUGCAACCUGCAGUACUGGGAGGAAGACGCGGUCUGAGAUUAGCUGUGACUAAGCCACAGGGAUCUGGGCAUCGUUCCCAGCUCGUGAGUCUGCUCUGCAGCUGGGCUAGGUCCUGCAGGUAAGAGGAUGAGAUAUGGGUGUGCACCCAUUGCCCUGCCUGCUUUGCAGCUGGGAGAAAGCCAGUACACUCUGCUGCAUCCUCUAGCCCGGGUGAUCUAGGGACAGGGACUACAGCACACUGCAGAGUGCGGUUGCCUUGCGGCAUGCAUGCAGUUCAUGUUUAUUGCUGCUCCAGGAUAGCAGCAUGAAUCUUAGUGAAACGAGUGUUCUGUCAUGGGUUCUGCACAGCAGCAGGUUCAACUUCUUUAGCUCAUAAACUGAAUUGUCGCAGAGUGGAAAGCCACAAUUAAUUUUCUGCCCUGUCCAGUUCUUUUUAGCAUAGAGAGCAGAAAAUGGUUGAAGGUUAUUACAGGUGCAGUAAGAACACUUCAUAAAGCGUUUGUUGGUUUCUUUCUAAGAAUGUGCGAUGCCCUGUGGUAAAUGCAUUCUCAAGUGCUCCAUGCUAGUUUGUAUAGAAGAUGUUUCAAAGUCCUGUAGUCCGUGCCUUGUCUCACCCGACUCAUCAAAAGAAUGGUCUUGUCUACUUUAUGGUCUGGCUGUCUUGGAAAGGGCAGCAUGUGAGACCUAGCAAACGGCAUAGAUGGAAGAGAGAUGGGGUGAAAACUUUGACCUCUGAAAUGCGUGCGAUUUUUGUGCUUGGAAUCAAUGGAGCUACGAAUUCACUUGUGAUCUGUAUUCCUUGACACUGAAAAACGAUGAGCCAUUGGUAUACACUGUACAUUUCCUCCUGUCAUUUUAGUGUGCACGGCUCUUUGGUCACUCAUUGCCAUAUGAACGAUAAGUUGUAUUUGCCUUCUCCUAUUGCCAACUUGUUCCUGUGCACUGGGAGUUGCUGACCUCUUUCUUUGGUGUGAUUACACAAUUGGACACCUUAAUAAAACCUCAGAAUCUUUU